AUGCCCCAACACGAGUAUAUUCCUACUAAAUACGUCCUUCUGCAGGAGAAUGGACACAUUGAAGGCUCGCAGUCGACAGAUGUCAGUCUCGAAUCAACAGAUGCGGAAACCAGAUUCCAAUUUAGUUUCCAAGCUCUGCGUCCUGGACUCUUUCGAACUACCUUUUCUUCCAAAACUCAUCCUCUUCCUCCCCACCCCAGUACCCAUCAACCUCGAGCGGACUUCUCUGGAGUGAAGCCUCUCUCCGAGUCAUGCCAAACAAAGAAGACAAUUAGCGUGGGGGAUGUUACGGCAACGGUAGAGUGGGAUGGCCCUCCACUUGUCUCGCUUCAGCUUGCAGGACAAGAGACUCCUAUCCAUACAGACCUGGAAUUCCGGUCGUAUGUGGUUGAUGCUGCUGGCAUUGCACAUUACACCAGGUACAAGAGGGAUACGCUGCACGUCGGCCUCGGGGAGAAGGCGGCUCCAAUGAAUCUGUCGAAUCGGAACUUCAUCCUGUCUGCCACAGAUUCCUUUGGCUACGACGCCUACCGCACCGACCCACUUUACAAGCAUAUCCCAUUGCUCAUCAAUGCUACACCAAAUGGCUGUGUUGGCAUCUUCUCAACAUCUCAUAGUCGUGGCACAUAUGCUGUGGGAUCAGAGAUUGAUGGGCUAUGGGGACAUUUCAAAGUGUACCGGCAGGACUAUGGUGGACUAGAAGAAUACUUGAUGGUUGGAAAGACAAUCGAGGAUGUGGUCAGGAUCUAUGCUGAUCUGGUUGGCUAUCCUCUCUUGGUACCUCGGUGGGCUUUUGGCUACAUUGCGGGCGGCAUGAAGUACUCGAUGCUUGAUGAACCUCGAGCCUGUGAUGCUUUGAUGGACUUUGCAGGAAAGCUCAAGAAAUAUGACAUUCCUUGUUCGGCUUUCCAGAUGUCGUCAGGUUACACAGUGGCCGAGACAGAGCCGAAAACCAGGAACGUCUUCACGUGGAACCACCACCGAUUCCCCGAUCCAGAAGGAUUCGUAGCCAAGUACCACGAGGAAGGCAUUCGCAUCAUUGCUAACGUUAAACCGUACGUGCUUGCCAAUCAUCCUGAGUACCAGAAGCUGGUAAAGUCUGGUGCUUUCUUUACAGACCCAAGGACUCAGAAGUCUGGAAUCGCUCGAUUAUGGAGUGCUGGUGGCGGUGAGAGUGGUGAAGGUGGUCACAUUGACUUCACUUCGAAGUCUGGCUUUGAAUGGUGGUACAAUGGUGUGAAGGCUCUCAGAGAAUGUGGCAUUGAAGGUAUCUGGAACGACAACAACGAGUACACAAUCCCGAACGAUGCUUGGCAAUGCGCCUUGGAGUACGAUGAGUCUAGUUCGGUGACCGAGAAUCAUAUUGGAUUAUGGGGCAGAAGUCUUCACACCGAGUUGAUGGGUAAGUCUUCAUAUGAUGCAUUGGUUGACCUCGAACCCGAGAUCAGACCUUUCGUCUUGACUCGUUCUGCUACUGCGGGCACGAUGCGAUAUGCUGCAAGCUCGUGGGGAGGUGACAACGUCACUAGCUGGGACAACAUGAAAGGUGCAAACUCGCUGUCCCUCAAUGCAGGAGUCAGUUUGCUUCAGUGUUAUGGCCAUGACAUUGGCGGGUUCGAAGGACCCCAGCCAAGCCCGGAACUACUUCUGCGUUGGGUUCAGCUUGGAGUCCACUCACCUCGCUUCGCCAUCAACUGCUUCAAGACUGACGAGAAUGACAAUACUAUCGGAGGUGUCAUCGAGCCGUGGAUGUACCCGGAGAUCACCCCACUCAUUCGAGAUACCAUCAAACGUCGUUACGAGCUCAUUCCUUACCUCUACUCGCUGAUGCUUGAGAGCCACAUGAUGGCAAGUCCACCUCAAAGAUGGACUGGCUGGGGCUACCAUUCUGACCCAGAAGUCUGGACAUCUCAAGUCAUGGCUGGCGAAGAACAAUAUUGGCUCGGAGACACAUUGCUCGUUGGAGGAGUGUACGAGGAAGGGAAAUCUACAGGCAAAAUGUACCUGCCAACCAAAGGUGCCGAUGAUGAGGGCUACCUUAACCUCAAUGGACCUCAUCAGCAUCUGAAGUCUGGUCAGUGGGUUGACAUACAGUCAGAGUGGAAGGCUGGCAUUCCUAUCCUUGCACGAAUAGGAGGUGCUGUGGUGGUUGGCAAAGACAUCCAAACUCGGUCGCCUGGUGAUCACAGAUUUCCUUCGCCCAACGCUGUUGAGGAUGAUUAUCGUGCUGUCGAGAUCUUCCCGCCCAAGGGGACGUCUGCCAAAACGUACUCGUAUACUUGGUACGAAGAUGAUGGAAUAUCUGCGAAGCCGCAGAUCUCCCACUUCACGCUUAGGUACAGCUCCAAUGCGGAACAAGUCCUUGUUGAUCUCAGUAAAGAUACCGAAAACAAGUUCGUUCCUAUUUGGAAAGACCUGAGCGUUAUCCUGCCGGUUGGUGACACCAGAAGUGUCGUGAUGGCCAGUUUGAAUUUGCCUUGCAGUAAAUGCGAAUCAAGCAGAGGAAGAGCUGUCUUCAGAAUAGUACUCGGAUAGAUCUAGAUAGAAUGAUACCCA